ACCCGCAGCUAGACACACUAUAGACCCCGAGUGAGGUAUAUUUACAUUGUAAUUAAGCUCAUUGUUAUUGAAGUACACCAGGUGAAUCGAAAGCAAGAGUAAAAAAAAAUAAUAAUAAUAAAAUCUAUCGAGUGCUAAAAACAUUUUAAAUGGAAAUUGUACGUGAUUCUGUAGUUUUUAUUUUACUCUUAUCGUAUGCCAGUGUAACACAUAGUUCAACACAUACCUGGAAUUCGAAAGUUACAGGUUCAGAGCAUAAAUGGUACGAUAUAUAUUACGAUGUGGUAACCAGUUCAAAGAUACCAAUGAUUCAGCGGUUCGGUGAUCGUCAAGAUGAACCGAACACUGCAAAAUUUGGACGUAUACCGUGUUCAUGUCAAAGUUUAACGUGUGGCUGUUGUGCUCAAUUCAACGUUCGAUUGUUCAAUUACAAUAAAAAAGGAUGCAUGAAUUUCACGUACGAUCCUCUCGACUUUGCAGUGACGGGAAACAUGUUCAUGGACAACGAGUCAGUGUACGAGUACAAGAUAUCCGCCAAAAACCCUCCGCCGGCGUGUUUGCAAAUGCCCGUGCCUUACUUACCAUCGAUGGACAUGUGUGUAAAGAUGUUCGACAUCUAUACGCCGGGCAAACGGUUGCACGCGUGCGUCAAUUUCCUCACGCGCAUCGAACACGCGGAAGUGCUCGUGUUGGAAUUCGAUUGUUUUACGAUCGGUCUCGACGGAGUGAACCUAGAAAAGUACAACACCACGACCACGUCCACGACUACCACCACCACGGUAUACGACUCGACGGUUCCCGAUCUGGACGUGGCCGCUCUCGAAGAGAAUAACACUACUACAACAGCAAGCAAAAUACAAUAAUAGUAAUACGUGCGUUAUGUUAGACAUUAAUUUUAUUUCGAUUUAUAUACUAUUUACACGUUAAGCAAACAAAAGCGUUUGAUCUAUAAAUCUAAUAAUUUUCAAUACUAAACAGUUUUAAUAUUAAUUGUGUAUAUGUCCUCGGACGAGUUUAUAUCGAGUUUAUCCAUUGGAAAAGUCGAUGAAUUUCCGAUUGCUCGUUCUCGAAAGGACAUUCUUAGGGAUAUGGCACAUUAUUGUGUUUUAGUUUUUAUUAUUACCAUUGGUUUUAUUAGCUUGUAGAAAAAUAACUUUAACCCUUCGUGUGUUAAUGUGGCAUAACAACCAAGAAAAGUUUUUUAAACAAAAAUUGUUUAAGAAACUUAUAAGUUAUAACCUUAUUCUAAUUAUGAUAAAGAAAACUUCUAAAAUAAAGAGAAAAAAUUCCAGAGCCAAAUAAAUAUAUUAC